UUUUUCCUCUCAAUUUUCCUCUUUAUUCUUCUUCUUAUUGGAUAUAGAAUAAGAAAGAACAAUUAAAUUUUAAUCUUAUCAUCAUCAUUCAUUAUCAUGACAACAGGAAAAAUACAACAACAACAACAACUUCUUUCUCCUUCUUCUAUUCAAUAUCAUCAUAAUAAUGGCUAUCAAACCAUUCAAACUCCCUCAUCGAAUGAUCAAAUUGAAAAGCGAAUAAUGCCAUCAUUUCGUCAACAACGUCGUCCUAUUCAAUUACAACAACGUCAAUCUCAACGUGCAUCAAGUUCACAUAAAUUAUCACGUUCUAGUAGAUCUUCAGAAGCCGAUCAUCGUACGAUUUUGAAAUUAUUUUUAUCUACUUGUUUUAUAUUAACUGUUUUGUUUGUAUUUAAUCGAUUUCUUUAUCUUUGGAGUUAUGUCCAUGAAAGUCUUUCUAUUGAAGAUGCAACUAAACUCAUUAAAGAAAUACCUUCCACUGAACAUAUUCAAACCUAUAUUACUUCAUAUGCAACACAUCGUUUAGCAGGCACUGAACAUGCUCAAGCACUUGCCAACUGGACAUUUGGAGAAUGGCAACAGAUGGGAAUACACGAUAUUCAUAUCGAAACAUUUUAUCCUACCUUGAAUCAACCUUCUUAUUACCAAAUCUCUAUUCUUGACCAUACUUCUCGUGUCAUUCUAGAAUACAGUCAUCAUCAACAAACCUUGACUUCUCCCUUUCCUCCAUUUCAUGGUUAUUCUGCAAAUGGUAAUGUGACUGGACCCGUUGUAUAUGUCAAUUAUGGUCAAGAAAGUGAUUAUCUCUAUUUACAAACAAAAGGCGUGAACUUUACUGGAACCAUCGCAUUGAUUAGGCACGAUAAUAGUGGAAAUGGUGGUGGUAGUGAUAGCAGUGGAUUAGCAGCAGGUACACAAGUGGCAUUGGCCGAGCAACAUGGCUGUAAAGGUGCAUUGAUUUACGCAGAUCCUGGUGAUGAUGAUGGUCCUGCAAGAAAAUGGAAUCCUGAUGGUGAACCUGAACAAGCCUAUCCUUUAGGUCCCUGGCGACCCUCUACAUCGGUACCUCAAGCUUCGGUGAUGAAUAUGGCCAUGAUGAUAGGUGAUCCCUGGACACCUGGUGUACCCAUGAAGAAUGGUACAAUUAAUAAUAAUCAUACAUAUGCUUUACCUGGAAUCCCCUCUCUUCCUUUAUCUUGGCAACAAGUCAUUCCUUUAUUACAACUGACGACUGGAUUAGGUGUUCCUGCCAAUGUGAACUGGCGUGGUGGUGAUGAUGCGAACCAUACCAUUGAUUUUAGUUCAGGUCCCAGUGUGUUACCCAUUCAACUCGUCAAUAUCAAUACUUACAGUCCCAAACCUAUCCAUAAUAUCGUGGCUCGUAUUCCUGGUCAGAAAGAACCCAAUCGUGCUGUCAUCAUUGGAUGUCAACGUGAUGCAUGGUCUACUUCUGGUGUGGUUGAGAGUGCUUCAUCAUCAGCUAUUAUGCAUGAACUUGUUCGGACUCUAGGGUUAUUAUUACAACAAGGUUGGAGACCAAGACGGACUAUUAUUCUUGCUUCUUGGGAUGCAAGUGCCUAUGGUGCAUUAGGAUCUACAGAAUGGGUGGAAUCUCACAAGGACUGGAUCAGCAAAGAAGUUGUAGCAUACAUUGAUGUUGGAAGCGUCGCUGGAUCAAGAUUUAAUGCUCAAGGAUCACCUUUACUACAUGAACUUUUAUAUGAAGUUACUCAAGAUCUUUUUGAUCCUCAAUAUGGUCCAUCUACUAUAUAUGAUACCUGGAAACGUCAGCGACAAUCUUCUGCCAUCAGCCACUGCAAGGAUAUCACAACCACUACAUUACAAAAAGAACAAACGACUGCUGUAGGUGGAACCUAUGAUCCUACGGUAUUAGUGGAUCCAUUGAGAGUGAGUGAUGAUGGCUCUGCCCUCUUUCAUCAUUUAGGUGUCUCGACUCUUUCUCUUCAAUUUGAAAGCAAUCAUUUUGGUGUGGCAUAUAGUGAACAAGAUAAUUUGGAUUGGAUGGCGAAAUUUGGAGAUCCAACAUUUGCAUAUCAUCAAACCAUGGUACGAUUGAUGGGGAUAUUAGCGUUACGACUUUCCAGUGAACGACUGUUACCGAUGACGAUGAUGGAUUAUUCUGUGCUCUUAUUACAGUAUACAGAUGAACUCAGUGCAAGACAAGGUUGUCAGACAUUACCAGCGUUGACCACGUCCUUAUUGAUUCUUCAAUCCACCAGUGUUGUGUUUGAUCGCAAAGCAAACAAGUACCGACAACAACUCGUGACCAAAAAGCAUUACAGCAAGAAAUUGAAGAAACAUGUACGACAAUACAAUCAAGCCAUGAUCAACUUUGAACGUAGUCUCGUGGAUCCUUUAGGUUUGCCUGGUCGCAAUUGGUAUCGACAUGUCGUGUAUGGCCCUCAUCCUUUACAUCCUGCUUCUCCUCUCAUGUUUCCUGCCAUCGCUCAAGCAAUGCAUGAAGACCGUCCUAUCUUUACUCGCCAAAUGGAAGAACGUGUCGCCUCCAAGAUCAUGGCUGCAAAUAGUGCUAUCAAAUUCUAGUAUUAGUUAAUAUUUGUUUUUACCCUCUUCUUUUUUUUUAGUGUUACACCGUUCAAUAAACUUGUUUUUUCAAAAAAAAAAA